CCUGAUGUCACUAGGACUGUUGGGCUGAGAAGGACGUCUGCCUUUUGAAAGUGAACAGGACUAAACACAGAUUUUACAAGCAAUGGAGGUGCUGGUGCUGGUUGACUUUGAGGGAACAAUGGAAGACGAGCUGACAGUGCAUGCCGGCGACGUGGUGAAGAAUGUGACAGCAUCUGCCGAGGAAGGCUGGCUGGUGGGUGAGCUCCGUGGGAAGAGAGGAAUCGUCCCCUCCAACUUUGUCAAGGAGGUUCCCAAUUACUUGACUGGAGACAGCAAAAGGGAGCCACGAAGCAUGCGAAAACUGAAGAUGCCGAAGGAGCAGUGUAGGAAAUGCGAAGUGGCCUUUGCCUACACACCAACAAAUGAAGAUGAGCUCGAGCUGAUUGUUGGAGAGACCAUAGAAAUCCUCAGAGAGAUUGAAGAUGGGUGGUGGAUGGGGAAGAAACAUGGCAAAAUAGGAGCUUUUCCAUCUAAUUUUGUAAAAGAAAUCAUCUCUCCAAAAGAUACCAAGGCAAAUGAAACCAAAACCAGGUCUAAGAUCUCUGAGGCUGUAUUCAGUAAAGAGGGAAUACAAACAGAGAGAGUGAGCACACACCAUAAAACAAAUGUGAAAGAAUGUUGUCAGGUCAUGUUUGACUAUGCAGCCAUAGCCGAAGAUGAGAUGAAUCUAAAGAAAGGAGACUUCAUCACCAUCAUCAGCAAGGUCACUGAUGAUGAGGGAUGGUGGGAGGGUGAACUGAACGGUCAGAGAGGCUUCUUCCCUGACAACUUUGUCAUGGUGAUCCCGAUGGACACUCUCCAACUUAUGGACAAAAACCAACCACCACUGAGACGUGGCUCAGAGAAGAAAUCAGUAAAGCAAGCUUCUGGAAUGGAGAAGAGCAGCACUGAAGCAAGCUUGAAGACCGAGACCAUUGGUAAGAGCAAAGACUUCAGAAGUGAUCCCCCUGGUAAAAUCAAACUGCCUGGCUUGUUCAAACCCUCUCCUCCUCCAGUGAAGGACAAACCCCACAAACCUGGGCCCAGGAAUGGUGAUGAGCAACCUCCUGCCUCACCAAAACACCCAGAGAGUAAAGCCAAAGACCCAGGCCAGUUUGAUGGAGUAGACGUGUCUUCAGUAAAACUUAGCCAUCCUACAGCCAACAGGGCCAAACCUCCACAGAGGAGACCACCAACAAGCCUUGGCACAGCCCUCAAUGUUCCUGCUGAUGACCAUCAGAAUGAGGUAUCAGCAGAACCAGACGCAGCACCCCAGAAAUGUCCAGUUCCUCCCAAGGUCACUGAUGACCAUUUACCAUCAGCUACAAAGGAAGAGCAUCUUUCCACCACUGCCUCAAUAUCACAGCAUCCUACUCCAUCCAAAACUGUGAAUGAGGUCAAGUUCGAAGAAGAGAAACCCACACUGGAUCAGGUGCUUGCUGAUUUAAAGGAACUGCGCAUAGCACUGGAACUGUUCAAAACUCGGCACAAUACAGACAUGCAAGAUCUUAAAAAUGAGCUGAACGAGGAAAGAAACAAGCGAAUGAAAUUACAGGAUGAGGUACAACUGCUGAAAAAACAAAAUUAACCCCAGAAGACUCAGUGAUCAUUUGGACUCUCUCCCUUUAAAUAUAUUGUUUUUAUAUUGCUGCUCCCACUGAGAUACUGAAACAGCAAGAGAUAGAGUGUGUAGAGACAGCAUAGAUGAAUAUUUCAGGCACAUAGCUUCUGUGGCCCUCUGACUAAUUCCACUCUCAGUGGCUUAAAGGCAACUGAGUUCUGUAUAUUCCUGUGGAUAACUCUCCAGGAUCAUGGCUGUACAUAUAAUGAUAUGUGGGACUGAUGGUUAGGAUUAGCACACUGUAAAUAUAGAUCUCACUGAUUAUAGGCUAAUGCAUGGGGAAUGAACCAGUGUUACAUUUUUUUUAAUUAUUAUUCUCAACUUUUCUUUUUUUUUCCUCUGAAUUUGAGCUGUGUUAUUUAUAAGAUGUACACAUCUCUUUUAAUUAUAUAUAACAUGCUGUCCCUGUAGAGCAGUCUGUUUGGUAAAACGUCUGGUGUAUGCUUUCACAGACAUGUGGUUCUUACUGGGGAUUUGUACUGUGACACUAAGCAGGAUAUUCUUGUUCAUAGGCCUUAUAUUUACAUGUCUUAUUUAAUGUGUGUGUUUGUUGUGAUUAAACCCAGACUAGAGCCUAGCUGCAUUAUGAACAGUUAGUGAAUUGGAAGCAGCCGAAGGAUGUAUUUUGUUAUUACAAAUAAACAAAUUUG